GAUAGAAGCGAUGAGAAUGUUCUCUUGAUAGUCAUCCUUAUCUUAUUAAGCUCUGUGUUCCUGCCCCACUGUCCUCUCUGCAGCUAGAGUGAGUGUGUGUGUGUUUGUGUGUAAGAGAUAGAGAGUGUGUAUGUGCUGUAGCCAGAGGGAAGCUGCUGCUCUGCUCUGCCAGUGCGAAGGCCUGUUCUCACACACACUGUGAAUUACUCUGCGUUUGUUCUUUCUCCUUUUAUUUAUAUAUUCCUGCGUGUCUCUCUCUCUUUCUCUCUCUCGCUUUACUUCGCUCUUCGAUCAUACCGUACCAGAUGAAAAUGUCAAGAGACGCAGAAAGUCUGUCAAACGGGUCGGAGAAAUCUGACCUGUCAGUGGCUCUUCAAGACUGCAUGGCAGCACUGGAUCUGUUCCUGCAAAACGAAUUUGAUGAGGCUCUGACAAGACUUAAGAGCAGGAAUAAAGAAAGCAUGUACCAUGCGCUCACAUAUGCCACCAUACUAGAAAUGCAGGCCAUGAUGACCUUCAACCCGGAGGAUAUCUUGGCAGCAGGAAACACCAUGAAAGAGGCACAGGCUGUGUGUCAACGAUACCGCAAAAAGUCUUCUUUCAACAGUAAAAACGCCACAGAAGAGGAGCUCCAUGCUGAAGUGUGCUAUGCUGAAUGCCUCCUCCAGAGGGCAGCACUUACUUUCCUUCAGGAUGAAAAUAUGAUCAGCUUUAUGAAGGGAGGGAUAAAAGUGAGGAACAGCUAUCAGAUAUACAAGGAGCUACAUACAGUCCUGAAGUCCUCAGGUUAUGUUCACGGUGACAAUCAUAGUCACUUUGAAGGAGGUGUUAAGCUUGGCGUUGGAGCCUUUAAUCUGAUGCUGUCACUGUUGCCAACAAGGACUCUCAGAUUGUUGGAAUUUGUUGGCUUCUCUGGUAACAAAGAGUUUGGUCUAGAGCAGCUCCAGGAGGGCUCCACUGAGUACACAUUUAGGUCUUUCCUGUGUAACAUGUUGUUACUUUGCUACCACACCUUCAUGAGCUUCAUUCUUGGCACUGGAGAGGGAGAUGUGGAAGAUGCAGAAAAACUGCUGCAGCCUUAUCUAAAAAUGUAUCCAAAGGGAUCCAUUUUCCUGUUCUUCGCUGGCCGAAUAGAGGAAAUCAAAGGAAAUUUGGAUGCUGCUAUCAAGCGUUUCGAGGAGUGCUGUGAAGCGCAGCAGCUCUGGAAGCAGUUCCAUCACAUGUGUUACUGGGAGCUCAUGUGGUGUUUUACCUAUAAGAGACACUGGAAGAUGGCCUACUUCUAUGCAGAUUUGCUCAGCAAAGAAAACGCCUGGUCUAAGGCCACAUAUGCAUAUAUGAAAGGUGCUUACCUCAGCAUGCUGAGUCGUGAGGAAUGCCAGCCGUUCCCGGAGAACGAGGUGGAUUUGUUUAGACAAGUUCAUGGUCUGAAGCAGAAAAUAGCUGGGAAGUCAUUACCAACAGAGAAGUUUGCCAUCAGAAAAGCUCGACGCUACAAUACAGACAAUCCCAUUCCUCUUCCUGCUCCUCCAUUGGAAAUGAUGUAUAUCUGGAAUGGCUACACUGUGAUUGGGAAGCACAAUGACCUUACAGAAGGCAUGCUGAAGACCCUGAAUGAGGCACAACAGAAGCUUGAGCAACAUCCAAGGACUGAGUUCACUACAGAUGACCAAUGUGUGGUUAGUCUACUGAAGGGGCUUUGUCUCAAACAUUUGGGCCACAAGGAGGAAGCCGAACAUUACUUCACUCUCAUCCUCUGCAAUGAGAGUCAGAUUAAAUAUGACCACUACCUGGUGCCCAAUGCUCUUCUGGAACACGGUUUACUGUGUUUGGAGGAUGGUAGAGUAGAGGAGGCCAUCAGACAUCUGGAGACAGCAAAGCAAAAUUACAAGAACUACUCCAUGGAAUCACGGACACACUUUCGGAUCCAGGCAGCACUACAUAAGGCACGAUGCACAGCUGAGAACGGAAACCACUGCUCACCCUCCAGCCCUUAGCAGCUAGGAGUUACCACUGGGGUCACAGCAGCUAUGAUCAUGCUUGACGCAGGGGGGACAGAUGCCAACAGGAGGACUUAAGGAGCACAUGACCGAUUAGAGCAGAACUAAGCUUAUAGUGAAAAAUAAUCUUCAUUUCAUUACGCACACAAACAAAUAAUACGGUACAUGGAACCACAGGUGCAUGAGUAUAGUACAUGGGGUGUAGUGCAGUUCAGUCAAGACAAAGUAAUAGCAUUAUGCUGUUAUGUCACAGAAAUGAGAUCAUGCUAUUAUAAUAUUGUAAAUGUACCACUGUUGUCAUUAAUAAUGAUAAUACAGUUACUAUACAAUAACAACAAUAUUAUCCUGGCACAUAAGGUUAAGAAAAUUGCCUCUCAAAUCACACAUCUGUCAAUCAUUUUUGGCUGUUUUUAGAACUCUUUGAUAAUGCUCUCCACAACUACCAUAGAAACUGUUGUCAUGCUGUUACAACAGUAGUCUAGACGUGGCUGUGCCUUAUGGCUUACUGUAAUAUAGUUUUAUUUGGAUUUAAAGCACAUAUGCACAGCUAUUAGUUUACUUUAUAAUUUUUGGAGGUAAAUAGGUCAUAAAAUAAACCUAUGCUUCAGAGUUUUGAAAUCAUGGGUUACUCUUCAGUUAGAGUACUGUGGCCUUGUUAAAUCUUAUGUACAGGAUUAAUCCUGUUCUCAGUUUAAUUUGUAUCAUAUUUAACAUUGUCUUGGUGUUUCUGUUUGCAUAGUUAGUCUGUUUUAGCAAUGUGUUAAAAAAAAGAAAACAUGUUUAUAACAACAUAAAAUGACUAUCUGACAAGAAUUCUGAAGAUUUUAAGUGGGUUUAUUUUCCUGUUUCUUUUUAGUAUUUAUUCACUGUUAUGGCAUCUUUCAAAAUUGUCCCGUUUUAAGUGGGCAAGCUAAAUGCGUCUUUUAGAAAGGCAAUCUCCUUCAUGUGGACUCGGUCCAGAUCGUACUUGAGCUCAAACAAACAAGUCUUUUAGAUACACGCAAGACAGGCUGGUGUCCUAACUCCAACCAGCGUUAGGGAUGCAUUGACAACCACUACAGACUUACAUUAUGAAAAGAGAGAAAAUUUAAGCUGGUUCAGGGUAGAGGUUCAGGGUUCAACUGUAAUUCUUCUAUUUUGUUUAAAUUAUAAAUGCUACUUUAUAAAGACUUUUCCCAUAGUGUGAAGUUCAACCAACUAAACAGCUGCAACAUUGUUCUCAAAUGCAGUGUAUUUUCAAAUUUAUUUUUAGGUAGACAGCCCUGCACAGCAAGGCUUAUUCUAAAGUGUGUUUUGUAUUAAUUCAUCUCAAAUCAGUUAAAUUGUGUCAGAAGGAAUUUUCUUCUACUGUAAUGCAUUCUUUAUGGUGCCUGUUUCAUGAGAUUCAGUUCUACCAAAGUCAGAUUUACAUCAUGCAAAAACAAUCAUCAGAUAAUUUUGCAAUCAUGCAUUUGCUCAGAAAUGUCAAAGCCUACUUGUAACAUGACAUUUUGUAAAGCAACUGAAUUUCAACUGCUUCAAUAGUUCUGUGUAUUUGAACUAUUAAAAGAUAUGACCCCUGGAAAAAUCAUAUUGUCUUAAAGGUGGUAAAACCAAUUUUUAUUUUUUAUUUUUUAAGAAUGAUACAUUAUAUUGUAAUUUUAUUGUAAAGGCUUCUGUUUUCUCUCUCAUUGAAAAUUCCUACUGAUUUAGGUUGAUUUUACAGGAUCUGGACUAUAGAGGUCAGCAAAAUCCUGUAUGUUGUGCAUGGCUCCUGUGCAAACAAACAUUCCUGUAAAUACUGAAUUUACAUUUUCUAAUUUAAAAUUAAAUGAUAUAAUAGCAUUCCAAAAGACAUCUCUUUGGUUUUACCUCUUCGAACCAAGCAUACUUGCCUCCUUAAAGGGAUACUUCACCCAAAAAUGAAAAUUAU